ACCAAACCAACGAUUGUGUUCAGUAUCCCCAUACGUACGUAUAUUAUACUUCCCACUCCAGAUAUUUUUGUUUUUAUUUCAUGAGAAACGCAACGCAACAGUGCUUAGCUUAUUGUAGUAAACUUUUUGUCUUAGUCAUAAAAGAACAUUUGACAUUUGAUUCUCGAUAACAGACCAAAGCGUUUAAACAUAAGCCGGCAACGUACGCAAUAAAUUAAUAAUUCUAAAAAAUUAUUUGAAUCAGAUUGAAGAUUUAAUUUUUAUUCAAGCCAUAUUUAUUAUUCAGCUUUUAAAAAGCUAUGGACGAAGAAAAUCUAGCUCGGGGAAUAGAAUCAUUUACUCUCAAAGAACCUAAAGAUGUCAAAUACUAUGAGAAUUUAAUUGAAGACGCUAUUAAAAAAACGAUAAAAGAAGGAGAGAUUCCUAUAAAACAUGAAUCAAAAAAUAUGGAUAUUGCGACGCAAAAAAUAGAUUUAGGAAAUAAGGUGGUAUCAAUCGCACCCUUAAAUAAAUUGAUAGAAAUUUAUAGCGGAGCAAUAGCCUAUGCACUUCCGGGUUCAGAAGUACUAGCACGCGGAUUCGCAAAUCGGUCGGCAGUACUUGCAAAUUUUGGAAUGUAUGAAGAUUCGUUAAAAGAUAUAGAAAGAGCAUUAGAAAUCGGGUAUCCAGAUAAUUUGAAAGCUAAAUUAUAUGCUCGCAAAGCAAAAAAUUUGCUAGCUCUUAAUCCGAAAAUGCGUUCUGAAGUUGAUGAUUCCAUUACCCAAGCAAAUAUUUGGGUAGAAAAAAUGGGUGACGAUAAUAAAAAAAAAGUAAAAAACAGCUUAGAUCAACUGAAGAUGGAAUCUUUCCAAGAACCUGUUAAAAAAUGGGAUGAUAGUUUAUUUUUGCCGAAAAUGACUAACGAUAAUCCUAAAAUAUUGAGAGCUUCCAGCGCUAUUGAAAUCCGGCAGUCUGAUAAAUUUGGUCGACAUAUUGUAGCUACAAAAAAUAUUAAGGCAGGUGAAGCUAUUAUGACACACAAAGCUUAUUCAGCGGUACUAAUGAAUGAAUAUUGGCAUACAUACUGUUGGAAUUGUUUAAAAUUUACGUGGAGUUGCGUUCCUUGCAGUCAAUGCGCCAAUGUCGUUUACUGUAACGAAAAAUGUCGCGAUGACGCCUGGCAAGAGCAUCACGAUAUCGAGUGUCCUGUUAUCAAAGCACUUGUAGCUACUGACAAAGCGAUGAUCGAAAUAAGUCUUAUAAGUCUGCGAAUGCUAGUAAAAGCUAUUAAAGAAUUCGGAACAGUAGAAGCAUUAUUCAAAAAAGUCCAAGAAAUUGAUAAAAUUGAUGAUUCAGUUACAAAAUGCUUCACUCAGGGAGUGUUCGAUGAUACCAAGUAUGCAAGUGUAUACGCAUUAUUACGAAUGAAUUUAGAUGAAUGGAAAUCAAUAUUUUAUCCUUCUAAAGCUAUCAAGAUACUUUUUAUUUUGGCUGCAACAACUGAUGUAUUCAAUAAAAAAAUUGAUAAGAUCAGCGAGUUAAAAAAUAUUAAUUUUGGAAAUUUUAUCGGAAAAUUACUGUUUCAACACAUGGAAAUUGCUACAACUAACUCCAUUGUGAUGAUGCCGAAUGACAACAAAGGAAAUACGGUAAAUGUCGGUAGCGUUUUAUUGCCACUUUUAAGUUUAUGUAGCCACAGCUGUGAUUGCAAUGUUUAUCAGUAUGCUUCUGGAAACAUCAGUGCGGUUAUUACACUGCAACCAAUAAAAAAAGGGGAACAGAUUUGUAUCAGCUAUGGACCGUAUUAUCGAGAUGCACCAACUUCUCAGAGACGAGAGCUUUUGAAGAAAAAAAAUCAUUUUUGGUGUGAAUGCAUUCCUUGUAAUAAUAAUUGGAACCCACAGUAUCGUCCACCGUCUUGUUUGGCAACGCCAAUGACGAUAAAAAAUAUGAAUAAAUUACUACAAAAUAUGAAGAAAUACAACGAAUAUCCACCGAUAGUUAAAUCAUAUCAAAUAUCAACACGAGACAAAUCUCCACGUGAUAUUUUAAAAACAAUAUCGGGAUUAUUAGAAUUGCUCAAUACUUAUGACAAAUAUGUUAAUUACUGUGCCGAAAUAGAACAUGCGAAAAAUCUAUUACUUAAUAUUUACACGUGGAUUGCUGGAUACUAAUAAUUUUUUUUUAACAUUUCUUUUAGAUUGAAAAAAAACUAAUUUCAUAAUUUUAAACUAUAGUAUGCUAAAAUUUAAUAUUUUGUUAUGAACAGUAAAAAAUGAUAAAAGAAAACAUAAAAAAAUCAUAUAUUUUUAAAAAUGAAAACUAAAUUAUUACUUUUAUAUAAUUAUAACAUAAUUUUUAUACCGUAAUGAUAAUUGUUUAAGUUAAUAAAUCUACAAAAUAUAAUUGAUGGCCACUAAAAUUUAUCAAUUAUAAAAUGUC